UCCUUUCUUUCUCCCCUCGCUCUCUUCUCCUUCCUCUCUCCCCUCCCAAUCCAAUCCAAGCCCUCCCGAUCCAAUCCAGGUCAACCACACGAACCUUGCCGCCGGCCCACCCCUGGUUUUAGCGCGGGUGCGGCGACGCGGUCCUGCCGUUGCGGGAAGGUGCGCCGGAAGCGAAUGCGCAGCAGCGAGAACGCCGUCUCCACGCGCGUCGCCGCCAUCAUCGCCUCCAAGCGCCGCCGCAAGACCGGCAAGCGUCGCGGCUGAGAGGGCAUGUGCUUCUCCCUCCCUUGCCCCGAAGACCCCUUCAACGAGUGCCACGGCAAGAAGCGCAAGACCGAAGACGCCGCCGACACCAACGACGACCACAAGAAGAAAAGCAAGGGUUCCAAGAAGCAGGAGCGGGCCGGCGCGGGAGACUCCUCCACCGGCGCGGCGGUGUUGGGGGCGGUGGCGGCGAGGAGGGGGUGCCACGAGUGGGUGGUGGACCACUAUAGCAACCCGCACAACGUGGAGGCGUUCGACAAGAACGACGCCGACGUUGGCACCGGCCUCGUCGGCGCGCCCGCCUGCGGGGACAUCAUGAAGAUGCAGAUCCGCGUCGACCAGGCCUCCGGCAGGAUCGUCAAUGCCUGCUUCAAGACCUUCGGCUGCGGCUCCGCCAUCGCAUCCUCCUCCGUCGGUGAGCAAGCAUACCGCCCCCUCGGUUUCCUUCCUCCGCUAGCAGCUAGUCUUCUUUAUAUUUCUGUCACGUGUGCUUGUGUUCAUGUUCUUCAGGCAUUAAUUUUUAACACCGCACCAAAUCACAAUAAUAAGAGCUUCAUCUGAAUCCAUGUCAUAAGAGCUUCAUCUGAAUCCGUGUCCAUGCGGUUUUUUUACCUUUUAAUGUUGAUAUGUAAGCCCAUCUAAAGGAGUUUGUCAUUCAUUCCUUACAAUUGUCACAGAAAUUAAUUAGUUUGCAUCUAACUGUAGAUAUCUGCAACUAUCUGUAUUUCACACAUUCAGAAAUUGACAUGGUCGCCACCACCGACUGCGAGCGG